AAUUUCCUUCCACGAAAGCAUCACUUGUGCGACGAAUUAUUACCGAGGAACAUCAUUUCCUGCUCUCACUCCCAAUUUUCCGUCCAUUCCUCUGCUAAUCUCCUUUUCGGGCAAGAAGAAGCUUACCGUCAGCGUUGUAACUCGCCUCGCCUGAACCCUUUCCUAACCCGCGCGCUUCUUGUCAUGGCCUCAGUCUCGCUCUCCGCGAGGCCUGUCGCCAGGCUCUCAGCCGCGCCCGCCCAGUCAUUGGCGAAAGCUAAGCGCCUCGCGAUCUCCGCGACACCCGUUUCGCUGGUGUCGCACGGUGUCGCCGCGGGGAGUGCGCCGCGAUGGGCGAUGACUGCGACGGUUCCACCCAAGGUGUCGGAAUCUCCCGCAGAUGGGGGCGCUAAGAAGCCUGGACCCACCCUGAUCGUGCCGCAGCAGCGCGCGCACACGAUCAGCAAGGAGCGGCUGGCGAUUAUCGAGUCGAUGGACGGCUGGGCGGAAGAGACGCUGCUGCCGCUGCUGAAACCCGUCGAGUCCAGCUGGCAGCCGCAGGACUACCUCCCCCACCCCGAGCAAGACUCGUUUCUCGAUGAGUUGAAGGACCUCCAGGCUCGUGCUGCAACACUCCCCGACGACUACCUGGUCUGUCUGGUGGGGGAUAUGAUCACGGAGGAGGCGCUGCCCACCUACCAGACCAUGCUCAACACACUGGACGGCACCAAGGACGAGACUGGGGCCAGCCCCAGCCCCUGGGCGGUGUGGACCCGGAAAUGGACGGCGGAGGAGAAUCGGCACGGAGACCUGCUGAAUCGGUAUCUGUAUCUGACCGGGCGGGUGAACAUGCGGGCGAUUGAGAAGACCAUCAACUACCUGAUCGGCUCUGGGAUGGACCCCAAGACCGAGAACAACCCGUAUCUAGGGUUUGUGUACACCUCGUUUCAGGAGCGCGCGACCUUCAUCUCGCACGGCAACACGGCGCGCCACGCCAAGGAGUUUGGCGACGACCGGCUGGCCGUGAUCUGCGGGCUGAUAGCAGCGGACGAGAAGCGGCACGAGAAGGCGUACUGUGCAAUCAUGGCACGGCUGUUCGAGCUCGACCCCUCCGGAGCCAUGCUGGCUUUUGAAGACAUGAUGAGGAAGCAGAUCGUCAUGCCAGCUCACCUCAUGUAUGAUGGGGAGAACCCCCGCCUAUUCGACGAUUUCUCCGCUGUAGCGCAACGCACCGGGGUGUACACUGCUGGCGACUAUGCUGAUAUAAUGGAGCACCUUGUAGCGGUGUGGGAUGUGGAGAAGAUGGGGGGGCUUUCCCCAGAGGCUGCACGUGCGCAGGACUUUGUCUGCAAGCUGCCGCCCAGGAUCAGGAGGUUGGCGGAGCGGGCGGCAGAUAAGGUGAAGAAGGGCGGUCCGCAGACUGGCAAGUUCAGUUGGGUUUUCAACCGAGAGGUGAAGCUUGUGUAGAGAGCAUGGGUGGUUAUGUGUACAAAAUGCUUGUGUGAAUGCACUUGACGCUUUUUAUUUUCGCAAAUGAAUAAAUGGCAUGAGUGGUAUCUGUCACAAGACUAGCUUAGCUAGGAAGCCAUAAAAUGGCAUGAGGUUUAGCUAGGAGCUAGGAGGAGCCAUGGAAAUGGCGAGAUGUUUUAGCUGCUAGGAAAGUUGAGGAGAGAAAAGAGA